AUUUCCCUUCAGUUCAUCAAUCAUCAAUCAUCAAUCAUCAAUCAUCAAUCGUUCUCUUUUGCUUUCUUUAUCUUAAGCCUCUUAGCCCUCUCUCCCUUCUUCUUAGUAUUAUUCUUCUCCUAGAAUCUGCAAAUUUUCCCAGAAAACUUAAUCCCUGUCCUUAACCCAGAUCCUACAGGAUCCCUAAAUUCUUGCCGCAAAUACCGUCUUCAGUAGAUAUUCUCAUCUUCUUUAUCAGUACCAUCUCCCAAGGAAAAAGGAAAGGUUUAUUUCACCCAGUACUUCCCUCAGAAACCUACCUCUCUUUUUUUUUUUUCUUCUUUUCUCUUUUUUACUUUGUCAAGAAAAUGCAGUUUCAUUAUUCUUGAUCCCUCAUUUUCUUUCGCUGAUUAAUGGGUAUUGCUUGGAUUUCUCAAGCGACCUUUUGCUUUGCUUCUACUUUUUAGAUACUAGUAGAUUAUGUUACAUGGUUCUUUUUUCAUAUUUUGAUGAGAUGGGCUUGAUUGCUCUGUGAAAUGUUUAAUGAAAUUGAUGGAUCUGAGAGUAGCCGUGUUCUUCGAUAAGGGAACAGUUUUCGGUCACUGUGGUUGUUGAAUGUAAUUGUAAAGCAGUAACGGGUGUUAGUAUUUGAUUGCUGUACUAUAGCGUUUAAUUGGGACUGCUAGUCAUGGAUCAUGUUAUUGGUGGCAAGUUUAAGCUUGGACGGAAGAUCGGUAGCGGAUCCUUUGGUGAACUUUAUUUGGGCAUCAACGUACAAAGUGGAGAGGAAGUGGCUGUUAAGUUGGAAUCUGUGAAGACAAAGCACCCUCAACUUCACUAUGAGUCAAAGCUCUAUAUGCUACUUCAAGGAGGAACGGGUAUUCCCCAUCUGAAAUGGUUUGGAGUUGAGGCUGAUUACAAUGUCAUGGUUAUUGACCUUCUUGGGCCAAGCUUAGAAGACUUGUUUAAUUAUUGCAAUCGGAAGUUUUCAUUGAAAACAGUUUUGAUGCUUGCGGAUCAAUUAAUAAACAGAGUUGAAUAUAUGCACUCACGUGGUUUUCUUCACCGUGAUAUAAAGCCUGACAACUUUUUAAUGGGUUUAGGGCGUAAAGCAAAUCAGGUCUACAUCAUUGAUUAUGGCCUUGCAAAAAAGUACAAGGAUCUUCAAACGCACAAGCAUAUACCAUAUAGGGAAAACAAAAAUCUCACAGGCACAGCUCGCUAUGCCAGUGUUAAUACACAUCUUGGAGUUGAGCAAAGCAGAAGGGAUGAUCUGGAAUCUCUUGGAUAUGUGCUUAUGUAUUUUCUGAGGGGAAGCCUUCCCUGGCAGGGCUUGAAAGCUGGUACUAAAAAGCAGAAAUAUGACAAGAUCAGUGAAAAGAAGAUGCUUACCCCUAUAGAGUUCCUUUGCAAAAACUAUCCUUCAGAAUUCACAUCAUACUUCCACUAUUGCCGAUCAUUGCGGUUUGAAGAUACACCAGAUUAUUCAUACCUGAAGAGGCUUUUCCGGGACUUAUUUAUUCGAGAAGGGUAUCAGUUUGACUAUGUAUUUGACUGGACUAUAUUGAAGUAUCCUCAGAUUGGCUCCAGUUCUAGAGCAAGGCCAAGCAGCAAACCAGCUGUAAAUCCAGGUCCAUCAGCGGAAAGAGUGGAACGACCUUCAGUUGGUCAAGAGAUCCGAGAAAGAUUCUCAGGUGCAGUAGAGGCAUUUGCUCGAAGAAAUGGUUCUGGGCAUACUUUGCAUGGGGAUCACUUGCGACACAGGUCUUCAGAUGAUGUGCCAUCACCUAAGGAUGUGCAUCCUGAUUCUGAUAGGCACCGGUCUUCAUCUCGAAAUGGCAGUACUUCAAAGAGGGCUGUUGUAUCAAGCAGCCGGCCAAGUUCAUCUGGUGAGCCUAGCGAGAAUCGGUCAAGCCGGCUACUCUCAAGCAGUGGUCGAUUGUCCACAACCCACAGAGUGCAACCUGGGUUUGAGUCCAAAUCGUCUACAUUUAGUCGUGCUACUGCCACAAGAGGCGGUCGCGAUGAUGCACUUAGGAGCUUUGAGCUCUUGUCCAUUGGCACAGGAAAAAGGAAAUAAGGAAAAUUUGUCAGAUAGGAAGGGUUAUCUUGUGUUAGGGAUCAAAAUUCCUAUCAAGAUCUGAGGAUUAUAAUGGUUUGUUAGCAUUUACUUUGUAUAUGUGUUCCCAUUCUUGGGUUCCACUCAUGGCAAAAGCUCCACGAAGUUUGACAUGGAAAGACUAUUGGACUCGUGCAGUAUCUGUUCAGGGAUUCUUGCAAUUACAAGGUCCACUGAACUCGACCUUGAAGGACAUGUGAAUCAUUUCGCAUUAGGGAAUUGUUUAUAUUGAGACAUUGGUAACUUGUAAUAAAUAUCACUAUGUAUUUUUUCCCUGAGGAAAAGAUAAUUUCAAUUAAUAGGCUAAUAUGGAAUAUGGUUUCUUCUCUGAA